ACCCCCCACCUCUCGGUACCGGUAUGUAUGUAUCCCUUCCCUGUUUCCCGAGUCGCCUGCUGGAUCCGCUGCCGACUCGAGGCAUCCAUCCUCCCCAUCCUCCACCCUCCACCCUCCACCAGUUGUCGCGCUAUAUCCACGCACAAAACCAUCUCGGGUCCCCAUCUGCCCCAAAAAGGGAGUGCUGCCACGCACUUUCCCGCCCCAGGCUCGGAUGGGUUCGACUUGUCGUUUUUCGCCUUGCCGGACCUGCCCAGGACGAGGUCGAAAGAUGAUGCUGAUGCGCCCUGCCAGACCUGACCCUCUCCCCACCGCCGCCCGUCGCCCGUCGCCAUGGCGGACCCCACCGACCUCAACCUGGACGCCCCCAGCGAUCUCCAGGAUAUUCCCGACAUGUCCAUGCAACUGAUCCCCCCGCCGGAAGGCACCUAUCCCGAUAAAGCCACACUCCUUGCCGCUGUGCAGGCCCAUGGCAAGACGCAUGGGUACAACGUCGUAGUCAAGUCGUCCAGCACGCCGACGGAGAAGAAACCGGGGCGGACCGCCAAGGUGUGGCUGCGCUGCGAUCGCGGCGGCCACUACCGCCCGCGCAAUGGCCUCACCGAGGAGACCCGGAAGCGCCGCCGCACCUCGCGCCUGAUGGACUGCCCCUUCAUGCUCGUGGCUGCCGGCACCCCGGGCAUCUGGACCCUGACCGUGCUUAACGCCACCCACAACCACGGCCCGAUCGUCGAGAAGCCGCGCCAGGUGCCUCACCACAAGGUCCGCAAGGGCCAAAUCGCCGCCGAGCCCUACGAUUGGCCGCACGAUGCCACGCUGACCCCCUAUACCACGGCGCUGGUAAUCAUUGACAUGCAGAAAGACUUCUGUUUGCCGGGUGGAUACAUGGAUAUUCAGGGCUACGAUAUAUCCGCUAACCAGGCACUAAUUCCGAAACUGCAGCAUCUGCUGAGUACGUUUCGUUCCGCGGGGUUUCCCAUCUACCACACGCGGGAAGGCCACCGGCCCGAUCUGUCGACGGUAUCGAGCAGAGAGGGGUUCCGGUCCCAAAACAAUGCCGCCAACAUGGGCAUCGGGUCCCCUGGGCCCCUGGGGCGGCUGCUGAUCCGCGGGGAGGUGGGCCAUGACACGGUGGACGAGCUGUAUCCGAUUCCCGGGGAGCCGGUGAUCGACAAGCCCGGGCGAGGGGCGUUUGCGCACACGGAUUUCGAACUGCUGCUGCGCAACCGGGGGGUCAAGAACCUGGUGUUGGUGGGGGUGACGACGGACGUGUGCGUGGCGACGACGAUGCGCGAGGCCAACGACCGGGGGUUCGACUGCGUGGUGCUGGAGGACGCAACGGCAGCCAGCGAGCCGGGACUACAUGCGAGCGCGAUUGAGUCGGUGAAGAUGGAGGGGGGGAUCUUCGGGGCGGCGGCCAAACUGGAGGACGUGAUCCAUGCGGUGGAGAAUUUCAAAGCGGUGACUGUGAAGAAGCUGGCUCCACAGAUGACGACGUGAAUUUCUUUAGCAAGCAUUCUGUCUCAUUUGGCAUCCGAAGAUACUUGGAAUUGGGCAUCUGGGGAUAAAACUGGCUGCAUUGGACGGCAGGGUAGAGGAACCAUUUGGGACAGGAUCAUGACGACAGACACGAAUACGACUUAUGGACUAUGUACGAGCAGAGCAGAGCAAGCAGAGCAGAGCAGAUUAAGUUAG